UAGUUACAGACCGAUUUUCAAACAAUAAACAUCGUUUAUGCGUUUGCUGCACACAAAUCGAAAGAGAGAGAGAAAAGUGUUUCGUUUACAUAUUGCAAACAACAAAAAAGAUAAAUGUUAUUAUUUUUGGUAAACUGAAACCAAAAAUCAAGUGCAAUAAAAUCAACGAAGUGGAAUAGAUGCCAAAUAUCAACAUUGUCGGCUGAUUAAUUUGUUUUUUUUUUUAAAUAAAUAAACUUAAUUUUGUGUUGCUCACAUUAGUGUUCAGUUAAUAUAGCUAUAAUUUGUUGAUUAGAAUAUUGAUAGUAAACAUAUUAUUUUCGUACGCAUUUUUACGGCAAAAGAAACAAUUUGUCAAUGGCUUGAGUUAAGUAAAAAAAAUGCUACUAAGUAUAACGCGUAAAUUAGAAUAAUUCAGAAUUACUUGUAGGAAUAAAGUCGCAAAAGUGUAGAAAUAUCUUCAGUAUCUUGAACGCAUUUAACAUUUCGAUGAGAGAAUAAAAGUGACAAGAGUCAGAAAAUAGCAACAACGAACAGUGUGAGAAAAAGCGAAACAAAAAAGAAACAUAGAGCUAAUAAACGGCAGUUGUUGAUUGAAACAAAUUUGUGACGACAGCAUAAGCAAUGUGAUCACUCAGAAUAAAUAUGUUAUUGCGUACACAAUUUAUUUUCGAUUAAUUUGCAAAGGACACACACUGACAACAGCGAAUCGAAAAUACCGACGUCCUAUCAAAUUGUCAUAUGUAUGUUUGUUUGAGCGAAGAAAAAAAAACGGCGUAUCAGGACAAAAUUUAACACCUCACUGGCAUUUUAAUCACAAGCAGAGAGUAAUCAAAUUUAACGCACUUUUUUAUACGAUUGUAGUGUCUUAAUCAAAAUUGCGAUUUUUUUUCUAUCGAUAAUAAUAUUAAAAGGCAUCAGAAUAAACUAGAAAAAGGAAACGCUAUCAAAAAACAAUUAAAGUAGAAACAAAGUUAUUGACACUGUAUUUUGUUUUGAUAGCUAAAGAAAUUUUGCUGGAAAAUUUGAAAUUGAAUUUGAUUUGUGGUGAGAUAUAAAUACAAUUAAUUAAGCUCGAUAGAUAAAAAGUGAGUUAAGAAGGAGUAAUAAAGUAAUCGUCAAAGGAAUUACACCACAUAAUACAUGAAAAUGUUAACGAACUUAGAAUUGGAUGGCUUGCAGCCGAUAAGUAUCUAUGCCGAUCCAAAGCAAUUGCAUUCUACAAUGAGCCGAUUCAAGCCAGAGUCAUAUCUCGAUCGUGGGUGUGAUAUAUCAAAGAUGUCAUAUACUGGAUAUAUUGACAAUCGAUACACAGAUUUGAACAUAACGGCUGUACCAACAUCAACGACGCAUUCAGAUCCAUUGAACUUGAUGCCAAGUGAAAAUCACAGUUCGACAACUGGUAAUGUGAUCCAGAACAGUGCAAACAAUACAAGCCAACACAACAACAAUAACAACAGUCAGAUGAACAACAACCAUGUGAAUCAUGGCAUCAAGACAGAGAACCAAUCACCGCCAAGUAAUUUGACAGUCGUCGACGAACAAGACUCAUCCAGCUUGGUCAACUCAUCAAAAAGAAGUAACGUGAACGAGAAACCGCCAUACAGCUACGUCGCAUUGAUUGCAAUGGCCAUUGAGAAUUCACCACAGCGACGGGCCACAUUGAGCGAAAUCUAUGCGUAUAUUACGACAAAUUUUCCAUAUUUUGAGAAGAAUAAGAAAGGAUGGCAGAAUUCGAUUCGGCAUAAUCUCAGUUUAAACGAGUGUUUCAUCAAAGUCGCUCGAGAUGGUGGCGGUGAAAGAAAAGGCAACUACUGGACACUAAGCAGUCAUGCUCACUACGAAGAGAUGUUUGAAAAUGGCAAUUUCCGUCGUCGACGACGAAUGAAACGCACGUAUAAUCGAACAUCAGCCGCUCAUAUUUCACGACUCUACGAAACACCAUACAAUCCAAAUUAUACAACGUCGGCUCGUAUGUAUGCAAAUCCAUCGUAUCGCUACAGCUAUCCAGAUCCGGCUCUCACAUCGCAAUGGUUGAAUCCACAAUCAAUGAAUGCAUACCAGUCGUGUCCAUCACGAAACAGUUUUGGAUAUGGAUCUCAAAUUCCGUCAGCAGUACAAUCGAUUAACAGUUUUCCAUCAUUGCCCAACAAUAUCGUUUCAGGUAGUACAUCGCCGACUGCCCGACGUCUUGAUUAUCCGUACUCAUACGAUUCUGCAAUUGGUCUUCCGAUGGUUAAAGAAGAACAUGGUCAACUGAAUAUUUCAUCAACACAAGUAGCUGUGUCUUCGCCGUAUUCGAUUCAACAACGCUAUAUGUCACCUGUGCCGCAUUCGUCGCAGCCAUAAUUUUUGGCAUCUCAUUCACUUCCGAACGAUUCAUUUGUCUGAAGACAAUUUCCAAGAAAAUACAAAGUUACACACCGUUGUGUAUUUAGAAACAUUAAAACUAGCGACUACUUUUCUCAAUUGUUAAAAAUGUACGCAUAUUAUUAGGUUAGGAACAAUUUUCGUGAUUAUUUAAAUCCGAAUUUCAAUUUAUUUAUUCAAUUACAAAUGUUGGUUAUGUACUAGAAUAACCAAUAUCGUAUUUAAUAGCACUAAGUAAAUGAAGAUUUAAUUCGCUACUUUCCCUACUUGAUUUUUCAAUUUUGUUUUUAAUUUUAUAGUUUUAGAACAAAAAAAAACGAUAACAAAUUAAUUGUAAUCGUUGCUGACAGUGUACCAAGGUACAAAUUCUUUCAAAGACUAUGCAAAUGCCGUGCAAAAAUGUUCCAUUAGAAAUGGUCAGCAUGAAAUUAGUUAAAAUCCAUAAAUGUAUAAUGUGCAAGUUUUGAUUCAAAAUCAAAUAGGUUAUAGUGAAUGUUUGUAAUAUUCGUAUGAUAUUUGGUUAAUAA